AUGAAUUCUGUCACAUUCGAAAAUCGGCUUCUCACCCAGACGUUCGACAGUCAGGCUUCGAGGAGUCCCUCCUCCUUGUUUUGUAUCCAAGGCUCAAAUGAUGGAAAGAGUGACUGGCAUCAAAUCACAGUCCAAGAAUUUGCCAAUGCGGUAAAUAGACUGGCAUGGUGGAUCGACCAGAAAACGAAUGGUGAAAGGAAGCAACAGGUCCUGGCUUACAUUGGAACGAAUGAUUUGAGAUACGGAGCAUUUAUACUGGCAUGUAUGAAGACAGGUCAUGUAGCUUUAUUGCUUUCGACACGAAAUUCCCAACAGGCCCAGCGGCACUUGUUAAAGGCCACUGGAUGUUCCGUACUUGUCGAUGGCAGUGAAAAGAUCCAACUACGACGCGCUAUUGAUGACCUGGAAAUGAUGUGCUCAGACAUGCCACUUAUACGAUGGCAAAUGGAUAGUCUGAAGGAAGUCUUCAUAUCUGACCAAGUCGCCAACUAUCCUCACAACGUGAAAUUUACCGAUGUUGAAGAUCUUCCAGCCAUACUUAUACACAGCUCUGGUACAACAGGACACCCAAAGCCCAUUACAGUAACCCACGGAUAUCUAGCCACGAUGGAUAACUUGCAGAAUCUACCGUUGCCUUCAGGACGACAGAGCUCACUAUUUUGCCAUUCUCGGAAGGGUGACCUCCGCUUUCUCUAUACUCCAAUGUUUCAUUUCAUGGGCAUAAUCUGUCUUAUCGACUCCAUCUUUUUCGAAUCCCCAUUUUUGUUUGCACCCGAUUCUCCAUUAACCUCGAACCUAUUCUCUCAAAUCAUGAGUCUCAGCCAUCCACCUACCUGGGGGGUUUUUACUCCCUGGACACUUGAAGGACUAGUAGCCUCUGAAGAAGGAGUCGAAGCCCUGAAAAAGCUAUCAGGUAUUAUUUAUGCUGGAGCACCCAUGGCAGAGUCUACGGGAAACAAACUGUUUUCAAUAACAAGAAUUCAAACCAUUCUUGCGAGCAGUGAAACAAGCUAUACACCUGGACUCCUUUGUGAAGAUCCUGCUGACUGGGGAUAUCAUGAAUGGAUUCCUGCCUUUGAUCUACGCAUGGAGGAUGUUGGUGAUGGACUCUGGGAGUUGGUUUUACCUAAGCCAGCAACACGUCGAUACCAUGGCAUCUUUCAUUCUCAUCCACAUCUUGAAGAGUACCACACUGGAGAUCUAUUUCGACCUCAUCCUUCCAAGCCUGGACUAUGGCGCUACGACGGUCGAAGAGAUGAUAUCAUUGUUCUAAGCAAUGGAGAGAAAUUCAAUCCCAUUGAAGCUGAGAAGCUGAUAGAAGCCCACCCUCUCAUCGGUUCUGCCGCGAUUUUUGGUCAAGACCGAUUUCAAGCAGCAUUGCUGAUUCAACCAAACUGGGAGCAAGUAUCUUCUUGGACACUCGAGCUGCUAAGGCACUCAAUUUGGCCUGCAGUUGAGAACGCGAAUCGCUUUUUGCCAAGUCAUGCCAAAAUCUUUGAAAGUCACAUUGUGUUCGCCUCUCAAGACAAGCCAUUUCAACUUUCGCCCAAAGGAACAUUGCGCAGGCGCGAUAUCUUUAAAGAUUACAGUGCCAUACUUGAUAAACUCUACGACCAAAAUAGUGUAACAGCACAACCCACAACGCGCGAGAAUGAGGUAGUCGGAACUGGUCUAUUGGAAAUACAGCAAUGGAUUCAGCGUCAAGCUGCACAGAUACUUCGGCUUAAAACCAUUGACCAGGACAGUGAUCUUUCUGUUCUAGGGAUGGACUCUCUUCAAGUCCUUCAGCUCGCCCAAGCUCUAGAACGUGCGGAACGUGAAAUAUUUCAGCUUCAGAAGUCAUCCAAUUGGACUAGCGCCCAGAUUUACAAUCUAUUCUCCAUCCCUCAGUUGGCUCAGGCUCUGUUUACCCAUAUUCAUGGUCGCAAACCCGAGCUCAACGAAGAGAGAGCAUCACAGGCUGUCUGGUCAAGAGAGGACAAUCUCAUCAAACUCAUCUGGGAGCAGAAGCAACUUCUAGGCCCAAGUGAGCUUAUUGUCGCUAUCACUGGCACAACUGGGGAACUGGGAUCUUAUCUCCUCCACGGUCUCCUGCAAGACCCAUCAAUCUCCCGGAUAUUUUGUUUGAAUCGCUCCGAUGGUGCAGCCGAGCGACAAAUACUGAGUUUUGAAAAGAAAGGAUUGUCAACCACCUGGCUGACAGAGAUGUCGCGUGUGCAAUUUUGGACAUGCAGUCUAGAAAAAGAGAACCUAGGACUGUCACCAGAGAAGUAUCAUUUUCUCAAGGAAAACGUUGAAAUUGUACUUCACAACGCCUGGACAGUUAAUUUCAACCAGCCGGUUACGUUUUUCGAGCCUCAAAUAGUCGGAGUCAGAAGACUAUUGACCUUAAUUGGGCAGUCAUCUCAUCGUGCACACUUCCAUUUUGUGUCUUCUGUUUCUGCCGUACUGGGCGAUUCAGCAACAUCUGACACUACGAUUCCAGAAACCCUGCAUGACGCGACACGGACUCUUCAUCAAGGAUAUGGAGAGUCCAAGUUCGUAGCUGAGCAUCUAUGUGGCAUUGCUUCUGAGCAAAACUUGAACGGUUCUCGAAUUUCUAUUCAUCGCGUUGGACAAUUGGGUGGCCCUAGUACCCCAGCGGGCAUAUGGAAUACUCGAGACUGGUUUCCGUCUCUAAUUCGGUCUUCACGGACAAUGCGCAAGAUUCCAUCCGGCUUGGGCUCCCUCUAUGUGGAUUGGCUGCCUAUUGACGUUGCUGCUCGCGCAAUGACGGAAAUUAUUCAGAGCAGACGACAAAAGGAUCGUCCUGACUUCAUGGUCUACCACAUAACAAACCCGAAUGUUGUGGAAUGGGGGGAUCUCGUAGAUCCCGUGGCUCGAGCAUGCAAUGCCAACAUCGUUCCGCUUGCUGAAUGGGUUCAAGAGUUAGAGUCUCUAGUUGCUAAUCAAACUGCUAAUCUCGACGAUAUUCCUGCUGCGGGUCUUUUGGAUUACUUCCGCUUCCUUGUUCACAAACAAGAUUCUCCCAAGCUCAAGUUGAGUGUCCGAAAUUCACAAAUGGAGAGUCCUACGUUGCGAAGUGUAGGAUCUGUCGAUGAGAAAUUGAUGAGUACCUGGCUACGACAGUGGAAGGAAUGGAUUCCACUGGCAGAAUGA